CGAAUAUCGAACGGCAGGGGCAGUCGGUGUGUGCUAGCACGUGCAGUAGGCUUUUUAGCCGCUGUGCCUCCAUCCAAGCUUCACGCCCCGGCACCAACGGCGAAGAUAUUCUUUCGCGCCGACCACGCACAUACCAGAGUAUUGCUUCGCUCCGGCAGCGGGAUGAGAAUUUUCAUUAUUUCAUGAGAACGUCUCCAAAGAAUUCCAGAAAUGUCGAAACAUCGCCCUGUCAAGGAUAAUAACAGUGAACAUGUUGCAUGUUUGCUGCAGACUGUCAUCGAGUAGGAGCCCCACUUACAGGUGGUGAACUCAAAGUACUAUGGUAAAACUAAAUAACCCACUAUGGAUUACAUCCGUGAAUUUGACAUACGUUUGGACCGAGAAAUGUACUAUGCCGGUGAAAGCCUGGCAGGACAUGUUGUACUUGAUACAAUAGAGAAUUUCAAACUAAGGGCUGUUCGUGUUGUCCUAAGAGGAAAAGCACAUGCUGAGUGGAAAGUAGUUGUCAGUGGUGACAGACGCACAGUUAAGGAUGAUCAGUAUUUUCUUGAUGAUCGUGCAAUUAUAUGGGGCAAAGAUAAACCAGAAGGAAAUGUCCCAAUAUUGCCAAGGGGUGUACACCAGUUCCCCUUCAGAUUCCAGCUUCCAGAAAGUUCUCUUCCAUGUUCAUUUGAAAGCAAACCUGGCUUUAUUCGAUACUACAUAAAGGUUACUGUUGACAUUCCAUAUGCCUCUCCACCACAAGGAAUGAAAUAUUUUACUGUAAUAGGACCUCACAUUGACUGCAUGGAUGAGCAAUACCUGAAACCAAUGAUAGGACAAGACAAACGGACCAAAUGCUGCCUGUGCUGUGAAAAGGGACCAGUUGUAUUAAGGACUCAACUUGAGCGUUCAGCAUAUGUGUGUGGUGAAUCAAUUAAACUGAGAGCAAACAUUGACAACCAAGGAGAAGAAAUUGUCCGACUUAAAGUGAAAGUCAUACAAUAUGUGGAGUAUUUCAUAGACCGUGGAGUGUUAGGUGUCAAUAAGGAAGUUCAGCAUCUAGUUCUGGAGUACAGAGGUGACCCAGUCCAUCCAAACACUCGAUCCAAGUGGGAUUCCGCACAAAGCCUUGUAGUUCCUGUUAUGCCUCCUUCAUUAGUUGGCGUAUGCAGACUGCUUCAGAUAUACUAUGUCCUGAAGGUCAGCCUAGAAUUUGAAAAAUCUGGAGAUGAUUUGCAAAUGCACUUUCCAAUUACUAUUGCGACUGUGCCAUUUCGUAUUCCGAACUCAAACCAGCAGCCUAAAAUUCAAUAUGAAGUGGCAUGUGAACAUGUUGAGGGUGGUCUGUAUAUUGGCCCAGAGUUCCUGCUGGGGCAGGUCUAUGAUGGCAGCAAUGCACAUGAAGCUCGUGAAACAGUUGUCCUGUACAGGCCUGUGUAUGUGACAGUUGUCCGAAAUGAUGGCAUUAAACCUAAUGCCACAACUACUUAAAGAAGCUGUCAACCAUUACUCUGCAGUGUGUGUCACACCCUGUGUAUUUGUUACCUGAUUAAAAUUUUUAAAAAAUCUUUUAGUAUGUGACAUAAUAGUAAUUUGUCUCAUGCUGUCAUACAAACUGUUAAUUAAUUUAAAAACAAAGUUUCAUGUGUCUAUGAUCACUAAACUUUUAUUCCUGAAAACUGAGGUGAGUGCUCAGUUAUGAGAUUAUUUUUAUUGUACAAAAUAUUUUUAAGCAAACCUCUUUUCACAAUGAAUCUUGACAGUUCACAAUUAAGAUUUUUCAGAACUGAUGACUAUUUAAAGUUGCAUGAAAAUUACUAUCAUAUAUGAAUCAGUCAUGUAUUUUUCAUUGAAAUAGUCUCAAAUUAACACUUCUGCAGUUUACAGAACGUCUUGACUAUGGGAUCAGCAUAUAUCUAGCAACCGAAAGUUGACAGUUUCCUGUUUGUCUUGCUGUGAACAUGGGGAACUUAUCAUUUCAAACUGUGGAUUUUUCUGAAUCACGCACAAAUUGUCUGCAGUUACCUCAAUGUACUUAAGGAGCACUACUUACAUAGAGAGAAUAAACAUGUUUCAUUGAUUGGCAACUCCAUGGAGUGCUGUGUGCGCAAUGACCAUGUAUGUUAAAUUAAAAGAAAGGUCAGCGUUGGUGAUAAUAUUGAUGCUAAUAGCAGAAUUGAUUUUCGAUCACAUAGUGAUCAUCUUCGGUGCUGUACACAUUAAACUCAGACACUGGUAUCAAGUUAUCAAUAACCAAAACUGAGAAGCGAUCACAAUAUCGCUUUUCAGUUUUGGUUAUUGAUAACUUGAUACCACUGUUUGAGUUUAAUGUGUACAGCACUGAAGAUGAUCACUAUGUGAUCGAAAAUCGAUUCUGCUAUUAAUAAAACAUCAAUAUUACGACCAACGCUGACCUUCCUUUUAAUUAAACAUGUUUCACUCAGUGGCAUUUCAAAUCAAAAUUCAGAUAGUUAACUGGGAUCAGAAUUCUGAAGAUUUGUAGCAAUAGUUACAAAGUGCUAUUGAUAUGAUUAAUGAAAAUCAUUUGGUUGAAAUUAAACAUACGAAAUUUGGUCAGUCUGGAUUUGUGGAUACAGACACAUCAAUCUUAAAUACAUUUGACUAUUUCACUACAAACAAAAAUAUUACCUGAAUAAGUUUCAAAAAUAUUACCUGGUCAUGCAUUCUAACAGCUUAUAAAAAUUCAGUUCUAAUGCUCAAAUACAAAUUUGCAUUGAUACUUUUGUCAGGUCACUAAUGUAUCUGUGAAAGAAAACCCCUAAUCACUAAAGCAAGCUAUAUUUGAACCUCUAUUCUUGCUGUACACAUAGUUCAAACAUCUUAAUUGUAAAACUGCCGAUUAAACUAGAUUCAUUGUUAAAAAUGAGUUAUUUAAAUGAUAAUUCUUUGUACAUCUAUUUUUCUUUCUUCUUCCUUGUGUAAAAAAUUUUCUUGUAACUGAGACCAUCAUUGUAUGACAAAAAAAUACCUAAUAUGGAAGAAAUGCUUGGUGAGACAUAGACAUCUCAAGUGUUUUUAAAUUAAUUAACUUUGUUUCACCAAGCUACAGAUAAGUCAAUCAGAAUGCUACAUUUGGGAUUGAAAUGUGUCUUAGAUAAUAUAUUUCCAUGAUGAAAGAAUAUGCAAAAUAGCUUUAAAUGUUGUUUCUAUAUUGGAUAAAUUUUAUCAUGUAAAUUUUAUAAUUGAGCAGAGGCAUUAUUAAUGUUUUGUGUGAAGACAGUGUUAUAUGUGUGUUAUGUACUGAAAUAAAAUAUGUAGAUUUGGUGUUAAAUAUUGUUUCCAUGUGGUUAGAGGCUGGUUAGUGGGAAGCCCUAUUCAAUUUCUUCUGUACAAAUAUUUAACAACCUUAAAAUGGAGAAUGAGAAAAGAACUGUUCAAUCAACAGUCUGUUGAGACACAAUGCCCUAAUCAGAUGUUAUGUGUGUGCCUGCAUAGCCCAAAAAUACCCCUUCAAAGUACCUCUAAAACAAGAGGCAUAAAUUUGUUUACAAUCAUUUUGAAAGCAUUUUCCCAUAUAUAUAUAUAUAUAACAUUUUAUAACACUACAUAAAUUAUGAAAAGUGAUUUUGAUAGAGCACAGUGGAGUACACUUGUUCUCUCAUUGCGGUGUUUAUGAAAGUUAUUGUUAUUUUUAAAUGUGGGAUAUAACAUUAAUAAAAUUGUUGUUGAAUGUUAAUGAUUGUGAAGCUGUUUGUUAUU